GAACUCUGUUCGUACAGUUCAUUUGCUCACUCACACUGCAAUAAAAGGCCGUGGCUCACCUCAUUCUACUCACACGACCUCCAGCUUCACAAUGCCGGCUGAUUUCAAUGGAACGUGGGAGAUGGUCAGCAAUGACAACUUUGAGGAUGUCAUGAAGGCUCUGGACAUUGACUUUGCCACCCGUAAGAUCGCAGUGCAUCUCAAGCAGACUAAGGUCAUUGUGCAGAACGGAGACAAAUUUGAGACCAAAACCCUCAGCACCUUCAGAAACUAUGAGGUCGACUUCACCAUCGGCGAGGAGUUUGAGGAGCACACAAAAGCCCUGGAUAACAGAGUUGUUAAGCCCUGUAAUGGGGCGAACGAGAUGUGA